GACACCAGUGUUGCCAUGGUUGGAGAGGAGACACAGAGUUUUCCUGGUGAGAUGCUGCAGUUUGUCAGCAAUCAAGUGGGAGAGUUCCCCGACUUGUUUUCAGAGCAGCUGUGUAGCUCCUUCCCCAGCGGAGGUGGUAGUGGCAGCAGUGGAGGAGGUGGCAAUGGAAGUGGCAACAGCAGCAGCUCCAGCAGCAGCAACAGUGGCAGGGGCAGCAGUAGCGGAGCUGUGGACCCCUCCUUGCAGCGGUCAUUUAGCCAGGUCCCGUUGUCUUCCUUCUCUUCUUCGGCUCCUUCCCCCCAGGCUCCAACCCUGCAAGUCAAAGUCCCUCCGCCUGCAGUUCCUACCCCACCGAGGGCAACUCCUGUUCUCCAGCCUCGGCCCCAGCCCCAGCCCCAGCCUCCAGCCCAGCUGCAGCAGCAGACAGUAAUGAUCACCCCAACGUUCAGUACUGCUCCUCAGACGAGGAUCAUCCAACAGCCUCUCAUAUACCAGAAUGCAGCCACCAGCUUCCAAGUCCUUCAGCCUCAAGUCCAAAGCCUGGUGACAUCCUCCCAGGUACAGCCAGUCACCAUCCAGCAGCAGGUGCAGACAGUACAAGCCCAGCGGGUGCUGACACAAACAGCCAAUGGCACACUGCAGACUCUCGCCCCGGCCACGGUGCAGACAGUUGCUGCGCCCCAGGUGCAGCAGGUCCCGGUCCUGGUCCAGCCUCAGAUCAUCAAGACAGAUUCUCUUGUUUUGACCACACUGAAGACAGAUGGCAGCCCUGUCAUGGCUGCAGUCCAGAACCCAGCCCUCACUGCCCUCACCACCCCCAUCCAGACGGCUGCCCUUCAAGUACCAACCCUGGUGGGCAGUAGUGGCACCAUUCUGACAACCAUGCCUGUGAUGAUGGGACAAGAGAAAGUGCCCAUUAAGCAAGUGCCUGGGGGAGUCAAGCAGCUUGAGCCCCCCAAAGAAGGAGAGAGGCGGACAACACACAAUAUCAUCGAGAAGCGCUAUCGGUCCUCCAUCAAUGACAAAAUCAUUGAGUUGAAGGACCUAGUCAUGGGUACAGAUGCUAAGAUGCACAAGUCUGGCGUUCUGAGGAAGGCUAUUGAUUAUAUCAAAUAUUUACAGCAGGUUAAUCAUAAACUGCGCCAGGAGAACAUGGUACUAAAGCUGGCAAAUCAGAAAAACAAGCUCCUGAAGGGCAUUGACCUAGGCAGUCUGGUGGACAGUGACGUGGACCUGAAGAUUGAUGACUUUAAUCAGAAUGUCCUUCUGAUGUCCCCCCCAGCCUCUGACUCGGGGUCCCAGGCUGGCUUCUCCCCCUACUCCAUUGACUCUGAGCCAGGAAGUCCUCUUUUGGAUGAUGCAAAGGUCAAAGAUGAACCGGACUCCCCUCCUGUAGCGCUGGGCAUGGUGGACCGCUCUCGGAUUCUGCUGUGUGUUCUCACCUUCCUGGGCCUCUCCUUUAAUCCCCUGACUUCCCUGCUGCAGUGGGGAGGUGCUGGAGACUCAGACCAGCAUCCAUACUCGGGCUCUAGCCGCAGCGUGCUGUCAGUCGAGUCAGGUUCUGUGGGCUGGUUAGACUGGAUGAUGCCAACACUCCUUCUGUGGUUGGUAAAUGGUGUGAUUGUCCUGAGCGUCUUUGUGAAGCUGCUGGUCCAUGGGGAGCCAGUGAUCCGGCCACACUCGCGCUCCUCAGUCACCUUCUGGCGGCACCGGAAGCAAGCAGACGUGGACCUUGCCAGGGGGGAUUUUGCAGCUGCUGCGGCCAACCUACAGACCUGCCUGUCAGUUUUGGGUCGCGCACUGCCCACUUCCCGCCUGGACCUGGCCUGCAGUCUUUCUUGGAAUGUGAUCCGCUACAGCCUCCAGAAGCUGCGCCUGGUGCGCUGGUUGCUCAAGAAAGUCUUCCAGCGCUGGCGAGCCACACCCGCCACUGCAGCUGGCUUUGAGGAUGAGGCUAAGAGCAGUGCACGGGAUGCGGCCCUGGCCUAUCAUAGGCUGCACCAGCUGCAUAUCACAGGGAAGCUUCCUGCAGGGUCUCCAUGCUCAGAUGUGCAUAUGGCUUUGUGUGCUGUGAACCUGGCGGAGUGUGCUGAGGAGAAAAUCCCACCAAGCACACUGGUGGAGAUCCAUCUGACAGCUGCCAUGGGGCUCAAGACCCGGUGUGGUGGCAGACUGGGCUUCCUGGCUAACUAUUUCCUCAGUCAUGCCCAGAGCCUGUGUGGCCCAGAGCACAGUGCCAUCCCAGAUUCUCUGCGCUGGCUCUGCCAUCCGCUGGGCCAGAAGUUUUUCAUGGAACGGAGCUGGUCAGUGAAGUCCACAGCCAAGGAGAGUCUGUACUGUGCCCAGAGGAACCCAGCUGACCCCAUUGCCCAAGUUCACCAGGCCUUCUGCAAGAACCUGCUGGAACGAGCUGUGGAGUCAUUGGUGAAACCUCAGGCAAAGAAGAAGGCUGGAGACCAAGAAGAAGAGAGCUGUGAAUUCUCCAGCGCUUUGGAGUACCUGAAAUUACUUCAUUCUUUUGUGGACUCUGUGGGGUUUGCAGCUCCACCCUUCUGCAGCAGCUCAGUGCUCAAGUCAGCCCUUGGUCCAGACAUCAUCUGUCGCUGGUGGACAUCUGCGGUCACAUUGGCCAUCAGCUGGCUCCAGGGAGAUGAUGCAGCUGUGCGCUCUUGCUUUACUGAAGUGGAGCGUGUCCCCAAGGCACUGGAAGUGACCGAGAGCUCCCUGGUGAAGGCUGUCUUUCAUGCCUGCAAAGCUAUGCGUGCUUCGCUCUCUUCAAAAGCAGAUGGACAGCAGAAUUCCUUCUGUCAUUGUGAGAAGGCCAGUGGCCAUCUGUGGAGCAGCCUCAAUGUCAGUGAGGCCACCUCUGACCCAGCCCUCAACCAUGUGGUCCAGCUGCUCACCUGUGACCUACUGCUGUCACUGCGGACAGCACUCUGGCAAAAGCAAGCAGGUGCCAGUCAGGCCCUGGGCGAGACCUACCGUGCAUCAGGCACUGAGCUGGCUGGCUUCCAGCGAGACCUGGGCAGCCUGCGCAGGCUGGCACACAGCUUCCGCCCAGCAUACCGCAAGGUGUUCCUGCAUGAAGCCACUGUGCGCUUGAUGGCAGGAGCCAGCCCCACUCGCACACACCAGCUGCUGGAGCACAGCCUGCGGCGCCGCACCACCGAGAACACCAAGCACGGAGAGGUGGACGCCUGGCCUGGCCAGCGUGAGCGGGCCACUGCCAUCCUGCUGGCGUGUCGCCACCUUCCCCUCUCCUUCCUCUCCUCCCCGGGCCAACGGGCGGUGCUGUUGGCCGAGGCUGCCCGAACCCUGGAGAAGGUGGGCGACCGGCGCUCCUGCAACGACUGCCAGCAGAUGAUCGUCAAGCUGGGUGGGGGCACUGCCAUUGCUGCCUCCUGACCGCCAGGUGCGGCUCACCACCCUCUGCCUUUGUCUCCGUGUCUCUCGCAGCUCUCCCCUGUCUCAGACUGUCCCCUCCUCCCCGUGUCUGUUCUCCUCCCUCUGAGAGCUAUGGGGAUGGGCCUUGUCUUCUGAGCUACUAGCUGCAAGGCUUUGGGACCACUGCAGCCCCGAGGGCCUGGGCAGAAGCUGCCCCAAAGCUGCAGUCCGUAGAUGCCCUUGGUCCUCACCCUGGUGCACACAGAGGGAAGACUGCAGGUGGAGAUGGAGUGGUUUCCUCCCCGAGAACCCCUGCCAAGCCCCUGCUCCAGCCCUUGGAAACUACACAUCUCCCCUCUCUGCUUCCUCAUUUUUUAUCAGGCUUUGUCUCUGGGGGGCCUAGGUCUCUGGGCACCUAAGAGCCCUGGACCCUUGGGAUGGUGCCCAGCAUCCCCCCUCCACCUUUUAUAUGAAUGUUUUUAUAUCUGUGUGCUUGGGUCUGCUGUGAUGUGACGCAGGGUGAAGUUGCUGUGCACCCUUAUUCCUCUCCACAGGUCUGCGUUCCCUCCCCGUGCCUGACUAAGCCAGUCCAUUGUCUUCUCUUCAUUCCAUGGGACAGCCAGGGAAGGAAGGGACCCAGCCCUGGGAGAGGCACUGGGAAGCAGGGGCAGGCCUGGGGAUGGGAAAAUAAUGUUGGCAUUAUUUUUUAAUUUUUAAAAAAAUAAACAGUAUCUUAUUUAAUUGUCCUGUUCUUCCCACUCCCCCGCCCCCUGGGACGUCAUCCCAAGCUCAGGGCAGGCCCAGGGGCUGGGAGGGAUGAAGCCACCUGUUGGGCCUGGGGACCAGGGGUCUCCAUGGGUUUUUGUUCCCUCCUACCCCUCCCUAACUCCUACCUCCAUAGUAUAAUUUUAUUUCUAAUUCUUGUCCUAAAAAUGAGCCAAGGUAAUGGAACCUGCCUUAGUCCCUCCCCAGUUAUAUGCCUCUUCAGGCUGGGUACCAGGAACAAGGUCUCUCACCUUGGUGGAGUCCCAGAAGAACUGGAUCCUCUGGCUCAUUGCCUCCCUGGUGACUUCCCCUGGGGCUCCUGAGGGGGACUUCUUACCUUGUGGAGCUGCUGGGGGAAGGAGGUGGGCAGGAGCCCCAGCAGAGAUUAGGGGUGUACUCAGCAGUGCACCCUUGGUCUGCUUGGACAUCACCUGUUCUCAAUCUCUUGUCCUUUCCCCGUCACUGUAAUUUAUGCACCCUGCCCAAUAGGGCAGCCAGCCUUUGUGUCACUUGUAUAUACUGUGCCUUUUCUCCUUACUGUUUUUUGGGGGGUGGUUUUUCACUGAAAAGGGGGAUACUCCUAUGGUUUCCUUGAUGUUGAAUCAUUCACCAUGUCCUAGAUGUUGGUUAUUCAAUAAACACAGAUUGGUACCACCCA